AUGGCUUAUUAUUUAUCAAAUUUAAAUAAUAAUGAAAAAUAUGAAACCAACCAAAGUUAUAAUUCUACAAAAGUUUUUAAUUCUAAACUAGUUUUAUUAGGAGAUACAUCUGUUGGGAAAUCUUGUAUCGUUGUAAGAUUUGCUAAAAAUGAAUUUUAUGAAUAUCAAGAAUCAACGAUUGGUGCUGCUUUUAUGACCCAGUUAAUUGAUAUUGGUGAAUGCACGAUUAAAUUUGAAAUAUGGGACACAGCAGGACAAGAACGUUAUAGAAGUUUAGCUCCGAUGUAUUACAGAGGUGCAUCGGCAGCCGUUAUAGUUUAUGAUAUAACAAAUAAAAAAUCCUUUGAAGGAGCUAAAGGAUGGAUUCAUGAAUUAAAAUCAGUACACUCAAAUGAUAUAAUUAUAGCUCUAGCAGGUAAUAAAAAUGACUUGGAAGAACACAGAGCUGUAGACCGAGAACUAGCCGAAUCUUUUGCAAAUAGUAAUAAUAUUUUGUUCAUUGAAACAUCAGCAAAAACUGGACAAAAUGUUAACGAAUUGUUCUUAAGAAUAGCUAAAAAAUUACCUCUUCAUAAGAAGGAACAAGAAAAAUGCCCAGCUAUUCAGAUAAAUAAUACCGAAGAAACCAAAAAAAAAUGUUGUUGA